CAUGUUUGACAUUUUGAAAUCAUUUUUUUGCUAACCUAAAAUGUUUUAUCAAAUGACUUGAUUAUUUAUUUUCGAGUUAUUUUUUACGGUUUUAUUUUUUAUUAAAAAUUUAUUUGACUAAAUCUCGUUUGUGUCGCGACAAGUUACUUUCGUUACGCGAUUUUUUUGAAAACGUGACCUAUUUUAAUGAUGUCUUUUACCUGAACGCGCAAAGAAAUGGAAAACGACCCAAAUAACAAUGGAAUUGUGAGAGUGGCUCUAACGAUCGUAAUACUGGCGAUGAGCACGUUAUUGGUUACGAUGAUGAUAACGGUGCACUGGCAACAGCAGACGGCGGGUCGGGAAACCGGUCGGUGCAUGUCGGUGGCAGCGAUGCAGGCGCUCCAUCGACUGCGCGAGUGUCGUCUGCUAUGCGACGCUAUUGUGCGCGCUGACGAUGGCGCUUCCUUCCCCGUGCACCGUGCUAUACUCUCAGCCUGCAGCCCAUACUUCCUGGCACUGUUCACAACAACUCUUCAUUCUCGGGAGCAAAGCGACGUAUUGAUAUCCGGAGUGCGUUCUGAGAUAUUACUGCUGUUGAUUGAGUACGCCUACCUCCGCCGUAUCGAUGUCACAGAUACCAAUGUACAUGAGCUCCUAAUGACAGCCGAUUAUCUCGCUUUCCUUGGAGUGCUUCAGCUUUGUUGCGAUCAUCUCAGAAGUUCAUUGAACCCAAAAAACUGUCUUGGAAUUAUGACUUUUGCAAGGCGUGUUUUCUGUUACAAACUCGAAGCGGAUGCACGAAGGUAUUUAUUGCGUUACUUUGUAACAGUCGCAACACAGAGCGACGAAUUCCUUCACUUGCCACUGGACGAACUUAAUUCUAUUAUAUUGGAGGACGAAUUAAACGUUAAAAGUGAGGAAGCAGUUUGGGAAUCCGUUUUGCGUUGGGUCAAUUACGAUCCAGACGGUCGAUGGCAGCACACGGUAAAAUUAAUGGGCAGCAUUCGACUGGGAUUGCUCGACACGCAAUUCUUCCUAGAGAAUGUUAAAGAUCAUCCAUACGUUGCCGGGAAUGAAGGAUCUAGGCCAGUUAUAAUAGAGACGCUGAAGUUCUUAUACGAUUUGGAAAUGAUUGCUCAGAGAGAUGGAGAAGUUGCCACACCAGAAAUAGCCCGACCAAGAGUGCCGCAUGAGGUCUUGUUUGCCAUUGGAGGAUGGAGUGGUGGGUCUCCGACUGCUUUCAUCGAAACCUACGAUACAAGAGCUGAUCGCUGGAUCAAAGUCGAAGAAGUGGAUCCGGCUGGUCCACGAGCCUACCACGGAACAGCAGUCUUAGGAUCUUGCAUAUACGUUAUCGGCGGUUUUGACGGCAUGGACUACUUCAACUCGUGUCGCUGUUUUGAUGCCGUCACAAAAAUAUGGCGCGAGGUUGCACCCAUGAACGCAAGGCGUUGUUACGUGUCUGUUGCUGUCGUUGGUGAGACAAUCUAUGCAAUGGGCGGUUACGAUGGCCACCACAGACAGAACACGGCCGAAAAGUUUAAUCAUCGAACGAAUCAAUGGUCGCUGGUGGCACCGAUGAAUGCACAACGUUCCGAUGCAAGCGCCGCCUCACUUGACAACAAGAUAUACAUAACCGGUGGCUUCAAUGGUCAGGAAUGCAUGAACAGCGUCGAAAUGUACGAUCCAGAAGCGAACCAAUGGACGAAUUUGACCCCGAUGAGGUCGCGCCGCUCCGGCGUGUCCUGCAUCGCUUACCACAACAAGGUCUACGUCAUUGGAGGCUUCAACGGUAUCUCGAGGAUGUGCAGCGGCGAGGUGUACGACCCGACGACCAACACGUGGGCGCCCGUGCCGGACAUGUACAAUCCCCGCAGCAACUUUGCCAUCGAGGUCAUUGACGACAUGAUCUUUGCGAUCGGCGGCUUCAAUGGAGUCACCACUAUAUACCACGUCGAGUGCUACGACGAGAAGACGAACGAGUGGUAUGAAGCGACAGAUAUGAACAUAUAUCGUUCGGCGUUAUCGGCAUGUGUGAUCAUGGGCCUUCCGAACGUGUACGAUUACAUACAUAAGCAUCGAGAGCGACUCAUGGAGGAGAAGCGACAGAAGAUCCUGCUGUCGGAGACGGCUCGUCAAGGACAACACAGACCCACGCUACCUGACGUCCAUCUCAUAGAAGACAACGAUGAUAUGCUUGAACAGCUUGGCUUGAUGGAGAACCAGGAUGCAAACAACGAUGCGCCUCCUCCCCCUCCACCCCCAUUUCCCCCGCAGCCCAUGGAACAAGAAUAAUAAAUAAAUAAACCUAUGAACUGGAAGCUUUGCAAAACGCAACAUCAAGAUCUGAUUUACCUCCGGAUAUCCAGCAAUGUGUUCGUUUCUGCUCAGGACCAUGGUAAACAAUAUCCAGUUCCAAAAUGUGUUGUACGAGUACUGUGGUUUAAUGUUAGGACAGCGAAUGUUCCGGGUUAUUAGAUUAUAAUCAUGAUGAACAAAACAGUUAAUAAAAUUAUAACAGUCAUUUAUUUGUAAAUCUAUUUUACUCUAGUUUUUGGCAUUUGUAUUUAUAACGAAUAUUCUUAAUGUCAGUUAUCUUGUACUUUUGGAGUCAUUUAUAAAUUGUACAAAAAAUUGUUCUGAUAAUUAUACGAUACAUAAAAAUCA